UCUAUAUGGCACAACUGGUUACACACUGAGAGCCCAUCAAUGGACUUGGAAGCUAAAGAUGAAGAGGAAGAGAGUCUGCAAACAGCUUUCAAAAAGCUGAGAGUGGAUGCAGCAGGAUGUAUUGCAGCUCUGUCCGUGGGCGAGGGGACGAUUCUCAGAACGCCGACAAGAGCAGCCAUGGAUGGAGCCAAGCAACAGCCAGUCUGCUCAAAGGAAGCGUGGCACGGGUGUGUGAGAAAGCCUUCCAGAGGAUCGACAAGAGUCCCGCGUCGCAGACGCUCCAAGUCUCCCGUCCUGCAUCCUCCCAAGUUUACGUACUGCAACGUGAAAGCCAACAACCAGCUGAAACACAAAACCCAGGCAGACACGUCGAAGAGCAGUAUCAGUUCAGACGUUUUUGUUACAGCAGAACACGGUACGAAGGACGGGCACGGUUCUCACUUGGAGGCCAGUGAUGACAGAACUGAAUCUUUGGAAGCUUUCACCGCUGAAGAGCCUUUGGAGAAGUCAAGAGAGAAUUACCCCGCUCUCUCCUUGUCCUUUGAAACUAGCUUGCAUUCUAGCCAAACCUCAGAUUUCCAGUCCUUAUCUAUGCUCAGCAAUGGCAAGCAGUGCCCCUGUACGGACAAGAAGUGCCAGUGCAAAGAGUGGCGAACCAUGGAGGUGUACUCCUUCUCCGGCCUGCGGAGCGUCCUGUCAGAGUGCGAAAAGGCCGUCCUAGGAGUCCACGCCCAGUCUCUUCAGAAUAGAUCCCCUUGUGGAACAGCCUCCUCGAGUUCUCCGAGAUCUUGUUCUGAGCAAGCUCGAGCCUUUGUGGAUGAUGUGACUAUUGAAGAUCUUUCUGGAUACAUGGAAUAUUACUUAUAUAUUCCCAAGAAAAUGUCUCACAUGGCAGAAAUGAUGUACACUUGA